CGCCGAAUGCUGCUAGAUGGCUUGCCCAACGAAGGAUGUAAUAUUUCUCAAGGUUGGGCUAACCUGCUCAAAGUUGGAUGUUUUCCUGCUCUGAAACUGGAUUUAUGUGGAAAUUACUCCGAAACAACUGUAGACAUUUCGCGUAUAAAUAAUGUCUCGUUAGCCGCAGAAAAGGAAGAGGAUAGUUCCUCUGAUAUUCUCCACAAUCAGCCAGAGACGCUUUUCUCUCGAGCUCCUCGCGGAGCGACUGGCAUAUCCAGAUAUUCAAACUUUAUACUUUAAUGUACAUUUUCAUUUUCCCGCUUGGUAAUUUUGGAAAUUAUAUAUAAAAACUUUAGACCAGUAACGAACGGGAAUUAUUAUUAUUUUCUGUGAUAAAAGCUACAGGUGAUGCAUUUUCAAUGCCCAGCGGCAAAUUAACAGAAUCAACAAGUUGAUUGGGCCAUUUUUUACAAGAUCAUCUUAUUGUGUGCUGGUAAUUUUUUUCAGUUGGAUGCUGCAUUUAUUUUACGGUGAUGAGGUGGCACUGAUAAAUGUUUUGUCGCAUGCAGCAGUUCUGACAUCACAGACAAAUGGGCCAAAUCCAGAGUCCUGGGAACUUAAUGGGUUGAAUGGAGGAGAAAUGUGUUACCUAAGGCUCUGGCAGUGAUUGUGGUCUUUACCCCUGGACAUGUGUAAGGCAUGUUUAAACUUGCACUUGUAAACUGGCUCAGUGAGCAGUAAGCAGCCUCCUGCAAGGUUGACGAGUGACACCUCCAAUCCAGCCUGCUUUUGGACCACAGAGCAGUGCAGUGACUAUGCAGUUUGGACCUGGUUGCAGUGGUGGUGUUCUUAAUUUCUUGGAGUACGCAGGCAGUCUCAGCAUGUUGAAGGGAAGCAGACAGAGACGGAUAAGCACUGACAUGACUGUUGUUUGUUCAAAUGGAUGUGAGUCAUGUUCUGAGAUCAAUGGUUGUCUAAAAUGUUUGCCCAAGCUCUUCAUUCUUUUGGAAAGAAACGACAUAAGACAGAAGGGAAUUUGCCUAGCUUCCUGCCCUGUAGGAUAUUUUGGCGUACGACAACCAGAUAUGAACAAGUGCAUCAAAUGUAAAAUAGACAAUUGUGAGGCUUGUUUUAGUAAAAAUUUUUGUACAAAAUGUAAGGAAGGCCUAUAUUUAUAUAAAGGAAAAUGCUACUCAAGUUGUCCAGAAGGUUUUACUGCCUUAAAUGGAACCGCAGAAUGUAACAGUGUUGUACAAUGUGAACUUGGUGAAUGGGGUCCUUGGGCACCCUGCACAAAGAGGGGGAAGCAAUGUGGAUUCAAGUUGGGAACUCAGAACAGAACAAGAGAAGUCUUGCAGCCUGCCCUGUCAGACCCUGCACUAUGCCCCUCAGAAACAGAAAACCGGAAAUGCACAGUCCAGAAAAAGCCAUGUACCAAAAGAGAAAAAGAAAGGGAAAAAAAUAACAAGAAAAACAAGGAUGAACAAGGGAAAAGGAACAAGGAAAAUACAAGAAUAAAAAACCAAAAGGAAACCAAAGAUGGCAAAGCUGGUAACAGAAAGAAGAAAGGUCAGCAAUGGGCCACAGUGUCUCCAGCGCUCACCCCGAGCAGCCUCCAGUAGUACCCCACGGACAUUCUUAGUCCAUGCUGCUGCACCUGUAGGGAUUUUAACUAAACAGACAUGCUGAUCAAAAGCCCAAAGAGACACAAAAAGCCUUCUUUUAUGUUCUGCACAAAAACGUGUGGAAAGGACUUCAUUGAUGAAGGAGACAAUCACAGAAGAUUUGUACAGUGUUAAAUAUUAAAAAAAUUAUAUAGUAUACAUUUCAAGUCAGUUGUGUUAUUGUUGUAAAGGUUUGACAGUAGAUUGUGGGGGAUGAUGCCCAUAAGAUUGGAAGCAUAGAAGUGAAUAGGUCUCUUUUUUUUCUCAGUUGUUAUGCUAUACAGUAUAUGAACAGUAGAGGGCAGCAGUGGCAAAGCAUUACAGUCAAGUGACGAAUCAUCACGCCGACAACUUUAUUCAUAGUAUUAAGCAGUUUUUAGAUCUCUUUUCUUCAGUUCAAUCUAAUGACUCUGUAACAAAUUCAUAAUUUAACAAAGUAGCUUCUUGGCACCUAAAGAGUAUUUUUGUUCAUUAUUUACAUCCUUGCAGUUUUGUGAUUAAAUAAAAAUUCCAGAGCAUACAAUUAUGUAAAAGCAGUCAUCAGCAGAAACUGUCAAUAAAACUUGUUUAUUUUCAAUAAAAUAUACUCUUCAUGGCACAGGAGAAAAAGCUAGCUUCAGUUUGUAAAAAAUGUGGUUUAUAAAAUUUAAAAGGAAUGAAAAA